AUGGCCGCAGUAACCUAUCGGGCACCUCUAAAUGGGGAUGCCUUGUCUCCUCCACAAACUCCUCCCAAUGAUGCACUGCAGACACCAGCGCACACUCGACGAGAUCAAGACACUACCAACCCUGUCGAGAUGGAUCAUGAAGGCAACAGCGAAUACGAUACCAGAAUCCCGGAAGCGCUUCACACACGUUCGAGAACAAACAGAGGCAACCCACCUGGAGCACAAACUCGGCAUAUAUCCCGUUCGUUCUCUGCUAGAACUAAAGAUCUACAUCGACAGGAGAAUCCAAGUUGGAUAGAUAAACCGUUACCACCAGAGCCUCCGGUCUCAACCAAUAGGCCUGAUGGAUGGAGAGGCAACGGCGCUGAUCCACAUAUUUUGAAGCAAGAAAACAUACGCCAAGUGUCUCCCCCUUCAAAGAGUCAACCGCCACUAUUAAGUCGAUCAAAUACCGUGCGCUCUACAGCCGAACACCGACGUGACUGGGCUUCCGAUCGGUCGCCCCUACAAAAGCUUGAAGUGACUCUGAGCGGAAUCAGCAAGGAAGAAAAACGAGCUAGGGUCUUGGAAGCCGAGACAAGGUUAAAAGAACGAAUGGCACGGCAGAAAUCUGGCGGCGACAAUCGGCAGCGGGAGAUGGUGCAAAAAGCACCCCAAAGCAAGAUAGCAUCAAAUAGCCACGAGCCUGGAAUCGAGAUGUCCCAGAGAGCGGCUCCUGAACAGCAAAACGCACCACAGCAACCUAUUGCCCAGAAUGUCAAGCGACCAGAUCAUCGACGCUUCGCUUCUGAAGGAAUCGGAGGGAUAGACCCUCUUGGACAAGGACCACCUACAAGAACAAAACCUACCCGCAGCAGAGGGCCACCACCUCAAUAUUCACAGCACUCUGAUGGCAAGCUGACAUCCAUCCCAGUCAUGAGAACAGGUAGCGCUCCCAGACGGGCAGUGUCUGUGAGUCACCGCGCUGGUGAUAAUCGCAUGGAUCCACCUCUAGUAGAUCAACCUAUUCAUAGGGAUGAUGAAGUUCCUAGCAAUGCUCCUGUCACUCGAGCCUUUUCAUCCCGCGAGUCCUCGGAAAUGGCCAAUCCAGAACAGGCAAGUGCUCCGAUGUUGGCACAGCAGCCAUAUCCGAAUUCCGUGGCUACUCAAAGUAAACCUGCGACACAGUCUAUCAGGAAGAACGAUCUCUCCGCGAUGAGCUCUCUUGCUACUGAAAAUACGACUACGGCUGAACCUCCAUCGGCUGUUCCUGCCUCUGAUCAAGUAACGGAUAAACCCAUCUCAAUUGCACUACCAGAUGUCGAUAAUGAGACGAAACUGCAGCCGAGGUCUAAAAAACAAACGGUGUCGUUUAAUGUCCCGCCGCCGACACCUCCUCCUCUGUCGGAAUGGAGAACCGCUCCGAUUGCACGACUUGGAGCUUCUGAUUUUGAUUUCCAACAUUUUGACAUGGACAGAAGCAAGGCCUGGUGGGAAGGCGGAGGGAGCGACCGCCGAAGGAGCAGAGCGCUGCCAAAUAGCUAUCAGAAGCCACCAGCUCAGAAGCUAGCACCCAAAGCCAAUCGCUUCCAGCCACCUAUAUUUCUAAAGUGUGGUCCGCUACUUCGCUAUGCAGGACUGAAGCGGGUUCGGAUCGAUGGACCAAGUGGUCCAUUUGACAAGGAGACAUGGAGAGGCAGUAUAUUGAUCGUGACGAAAGACUCCCGCUCUACAUAUGAACCACCGCCCACUCUAAGGGUGUUCGCGCAGCCGAUGGACCUUCUACCACCCCCUCCACCUGUAGUGAGCGGCGAGAAUGCUCAACUCCCUCCUGAAUACGUGGACCCAACAGCUGGGCUCAUGAAAUUAGGCCGAGACGGCAGAGCACUCUACGUUAAACCGGUGGAACAUACCGAAGAAGAGGUGGAUCUAUCAUUUGUUGAAAAUGACGACGGAAUUUACGAGAUGUCCCCCAGUCUGGUCGAUUACAGCAGCGAGGGAGUUAAGCAGCCGACUUCUGCCAAUAGACUCCACCAGUGGGAUGGGGAGACAGCUGGAGCCUACAAAGAAAUUGCCGGGUCUCGUCUUUAUGCUGACCCAGGAAGAGAUGUCACUUUUUGGAAGUUUAAUCUAGAAGUGGAACUAGGACAGACGCAGCAGCGUGUGGCCUAUCGUCUUAAUCAGGGACCGGCUCUUGGAUUCUGGGUGCCAGCCCGCGGUCAGUCAAUGAACAUCAUGUUCCAUACUUGCAACGGGUUCAGUCCGGGGGUCGAUUCCGACAAAUUCUGUGGCCCUGACCCGUUGUGGCGAGAUGUACUCAAUGAGCAUCAGACCCGCCCAUUCCACGCCAUGAUCGGCGGUGGCGAUCAGAUCUUCAACGAUAAGGUAACUGCGGAGUCCGCGCAUUUCCAGGAAUGGGUCAAGAUCAAGAAUGUGCACGAGAAAUAUGACGUCCCAUUCAGCCCCGAGUUCAGGGCGGAGUUGGAGAGCUCCUUCCUUGAACACUACUCGGAGUGGUUCUCGCAAGGACUCUACUCGCUGGCGAGCUCGCAGAUCCCCUCGACCAAUAUGUGGAACGACCACGAGAUCGUUGAAGGGUUCGGGUCCUAUCCCGAUGAGUUCAUGGGAACGCCUGUGAUCUCCGGAGUGGGCAACAUUGCGUUCAAAUACUACUUGCUCUUCCAGCAUCACAGUGUCCCGGAAGAGACCGAAGCAGAGGAGCCCAGCUGGCUACUUGGAGCCCAGCCCGGGCCAUAUAUCAACCAACGGAGCCGGAAUCUGUUCAUGUCCUUGGGCGAUGGAAUGGCACUUCUGGGACUAGACUGCAGAACGGAGCGAAUGAGUGAUGAAAUCCUCAGCGAGCAGACAUGCGAUUUGAUAUGGGACCGAUGCCAUCGUGAGAUUAUUAGGGGAGAAACCAAGCACUUGUUAGUUCUGUUGAGCAUUCCGCUUGCAUAUCCUCGGGUUGCAAUGGUUAAAAACAUCCUGAACAGUAGGAAAUCGUUGGGCAAAGCCGGGGUAUUUGGCGGUUUUGUAAGCAAGAAUGGCGGAAAGGUCGAAAUCUUCGACGACCAUUGGACAGCGAAGCAUCACAAGUCCGAGCGGACAUAUUUGAUCGAAGACCUUCAAGACCUCGCAGCGGACAAAUCCGUGCGGGUGACUAUUCUGAGUGGCGAUGUGCACCUGGCUGCCAUCGGCGAGUUCUACUCGAACCCUAAGUUGAACAUCCCUAAGGACAGGGAUUAUCGAUACAUGCCCAACAUUAUUUCUUCGUCGAUUGCCGACAUGCCUGAAACUGAAAUUAUCUCCGACACACUAAAUAAGCACAACCGAGUGCAUCACCUGGAUACUAAUACCGAUGAAGAUAUGAUCCCUAUUUUCACGCACGACGUCAGUAACAAGCCGCGGAAUAAUAAACGGCUACUACCCCGGCGUAACUGGUGCUCCAUCCGUCAGUAUCAGCCUGGCUCUACCCCACCAGGAACACCAGAGCCUCAAUCCCCCUUACCAGUCGAGGAGCCUCGUCUCGGAAGACUUCAAAGGACCCUGUCCUUAACGCGCGGGGACCGGCCCCAAGGGGGAGGUGGCGGCGGAGGUCUUCUGCGGCGACUCUCGCAGCGAGGCAAACCACCAACCAAAGAGUUCAACCUGGGAGGCAACUAUACGGGACGACGGAUGAGUAUGGAUGGCCCAUUCCCGCCAGCGGAAACGGGUGAUAGCUACUUUCCCCAACCAGCGGAGUUCAGGCCGGGUCCAUUCCUACGCCGACCUACCAAUCUCAGUCAAAAGGGGGCCAAGAAGAAACAGUAUGAAGAUGGCGCUGGUGGGUUUGUCAACCUGGAGGGAGGCUUAUCCAUCACAUUGAAUUUGGAACUCAACCCGCGGGACCCUUCGGGAAUCAGCACGCCAUAUAAGAUCCUCAUACCGGCUUUACGAUACGAUGGAACCGAAUACGAUCCUCCGGCGACGCCUGUGCCCAAAGGAUGGAGGAAAUGGCUGGGGGUGCGCAGGAAGAAAGCGGACGGUCCCUCUGGAGGAGAUACCGAAGCAGAGAUGGGGAUGAGCGAGGAGGAGUUUGACGACGAGGCAGACUACGAUGGGCAACAGGACUAUGCACGAGCUCCCAGACGGGAUCAUAUUCAUGAGAGUGCCAGCAUGCGGCCGGAGACGAUGGUCCGGGACGAAGAAACUGGUGGACGGGUGAUUCCGAAACGCAACAAGUGGUUUGGAUUGGGAUGA